AGCUGCUGCAGGAGUGGCAUCUAUUUAUAGAGACGCCACGUGUGCUUCUGACCAGAAAGCUGCAGAGCCUCAACUUCAACACAAUAACCUUACGGAAAUAAAAAUCUGUGAGGCUACACUUUGACCCAGCAAAGGCACUUGUGUCACUCUCACACGUUCUCUUCUGGACUCCUCUAUGUUCAGGAGAGCUAGUGGGAAAGUGUCGACGGCUUUUGGGGAUUGAAGAAAAGACUGAGAGGAGCCAAACUAAGAGGUGUUCAGCCAUGAACCGGGCCUGGGCCGUGUUUAAGGCUCGCCCGUACAUCAGCAACGUUCUGGGAUACACGGCGCUCUUUGCCUCCGCCGACCUCAUCCAGCAGAGCGUCCUGGGUGGAAGUCCUGCCGCAGGGUCCGCGACGUCUGAGGGGUCGACUGGGAUCGAUUGGCGUCAGACAGCUCGAGUGGCGACCGUGGGGCUGUGUUUCCACGCCAACUUCAACUAUCAUUGGCUCAGAGGGCUGGAGAGGAUGGUGCCAGGAGGCGGGGUGAAGGCGGUGACCAGGAAGGUGGUGCUGGAUCAGCUGAUUGCCGCUCCUGUCACCAUCAGUGCUUUUUAUGUUGGUUUAAGUUUAUUAGAAAACAAGGACGACCCACUCGAAGACUGGCGACAGAAAUUCUGGACGUCUUAUAAGGCUGGAGUGGUGUAUUGGUCAACAAUGCAGGCCGUGAACUUUGCCUUUGUGCCGCCUGUGGCUCGCACUGCGUUUGUGGGAGGAAUCGCUCUGACUUUCACCAUCUUUCUGUGUCAUCUCAGACAGCAGCACAGACAAAAACCCGAAUAAACUUCAGAGGUUCACUUUUCUAAGACAUUCUUGUAAGAUAAUGGCAUUACUGAAGCUGGUUUAAAGGGGUGAUUACAUAUUCUCCGUGGAAACUUUAACACAUCUAUGAAUCAGCUGAUCUUCUCUGACUAAGUUGUUUAUUCUGAGAUGUCAACAACCAAAAAAUUAAAAGAAUUCAGAAAUGUUUGACCUGAAUUUAUUUACUUUUUGCUGUUCCUGUUGCUGUUAAACUUAGUGAACAUGAUUUCUUGCAGCCAGAAGGGAGUUUGGGUUGUAAUAUAUGUGAUGCCUUCCUCUCCUGUGCACACAUGUAGUUUUUUUCUUCUCCAUAAACACAAAAGCUUUUAAAUUUUUAUUUUAACACACUCUACUUUAUUUUACCUUGUAAUGCCUUAACAUGAUUAUUGAGGUUUAUUCUGUUUAUAUUUUCAGUUAAAUUCAUUGUAAUUUGCUGAUAUUACAACCAACAGACUCCAAACACAGCAGCCCCAGCCCCUUUCUCUGAUCUCCAGGGACUUUCAUCAUGUCUCCCUGUUCUCCACUCUCCCCACCUUUAAACGAGUAUGUUACCUGCCACACCUGACAGCAAUAAAACACUGCUGGACUUGUUCUAUGGAAACAACAAGGAGUCAUACAGCUUGUCACCUCCCCUAGAGGGGCUUGGAUCACAACCUCCAAGCCCGGGUGGCAGGUACACCUAGUGGCAAAGUAAAAGGCA